AGUAUUCAAUCUAAUUGCACUGGUAGAUGCAGUUUUUGACGGGCUUCAAUUUGGUAUAAAUCGUUUUUUAUUUUAUGUGUCUUUUAGGUCGUGUAUGGGGGAGAAAAAGGUUAUGUUACACCGUGUAUAUUAUGGUUUUACCUUUCGUGGUUCAAUACGUUAUCCAAUAAAAGAUUGUAUACGAAUUUUACCGACGAUUGUUUCAUUCAUACCAAUUAUUCAGUCAACAUUUCAAUCAUUGAUUAUUUUUUGUUUAUGUAAACUUGAGAAACAAUCUAAUCGAAACAUGAAUGUAUGGAUAAUGUUAAGUGUUGCAAUAUGGUUAUUUGAUACUUUUAAUGCUAAAAAAUAUGACACAAAUAAAAUUCAAAUAUGUCAGUAUGGUAAAACGUGGACCGUAAUAGCAGAUUCUUUAAUACCAAUGACUAUAUUUAUUUAUCGUUUCCACAGUUGUAUUAUUUUUCUCGAAAUAAAAAGUCAUUUGUAUGAUAAACGACUUUCAAAUGUUGAAUAUUUAGAAAUUGAUUGA